CUAACGUAGCAAAAUAAAGGGUCCGCUACGUAAUAGAUUUUGCUCUCCACAAAUUAAGGCUACAAAAAAAUAUGGGAUAUUGCAGAUUUGGAGGGAAAAAUAUGGAGUAUUACAUACAUGGAAGCAAAAACAAAUUGACGUUUGAAGACAACAGGAAAAAGAAGGCAACACUACUGGAAGAGCAUUGAUAUAGAGUUCAGGACUCUUUGUUAUACUCUUAAUGGAUAAGAGUUGGAUAAACAUAUUGAAUAGGCUUGAUCCUUUAUAUGAGAAUGGAGCCAAAGAGUUUCUUCAUUUUGCCUCAUUAGAUAGGCCCAAUUCCUCCGAAAUCUUGUGUCCAUGCCGAAAAUGUCGUAAUAGAAAAUUUGUUCCUAAAGAUUUGAUUGUUGAACAUAUUGUGGUUGAUGGAUUUCUAACUAGUUACACUAGUUGGAUUUUUCAUGGUGAGAAAUCAUCACAAGUAACGGGACCAGAUACUCAUGGGAUUGUUCGAACUUUAGGAAAAAGACCAGCUCCAAGUUUAGUUUUUGGCCCAGUAAAUAAACGAUCCCAGGCGGAGCAACGAGAUUUUGAUGCAAGGGUUGAGAUAGAAGUUCAAAAAGCUACCUCAGCUAUCCGAAUUGAUAUGGAGAAAAGGUUGGCUGAAGCAAAGAAAGAUAUGGAAGCAAAACUAGAUGAAAAAGUAUUAGAUGAAAAAGUAAAGGCAAGGAUCCAAGCAUAUUUACAAAGUAUGGGUUUCAGGAAUGGCUCUAAUAGUAAAACAAUCAGUACUGAACAGCUUUCCGAUAACUCAAAUGAAGACCGCCAACAAUCAUUAUCACCGGUUUCAAAUGUUCAAACAAAUAAGGUACCCAGAGACACAUCCCGAAGACGACACUCGGAAGGAACCCGAAGACUUCAUCGAAAUCUUGUUUGUAUUUACUUUCGCGCAUUAUUUAAAAUUGUACAAAACAUAAACUUGGAGUAGUGAAAACUUCACUUUAAUGUUGGGCGAGGAUAUUUAAUUACUUGUUGCUUAUAU